UCGAUACGGGAACUCGGGAAAACGACUGCAAAAAUUAUCAAUGUAAAAAAUAAAAACAAUACUGUUAUUAACUUUAAUUGAAAUUGAUGAUCAUGAUAGUUUAAAACACCUGUGCCGCCGUGUUAGUAGGAACAAUUAUACAUUUACAAUAGGAACGAUUAUUACUGUAAGUUUCAAAUAAUUGAAUAUGCGGUUCAACAAUAAAGAAUUAAUUCAUGUCAGUCAUUCAAAUCCUGUUCUGGAGGGACGGAUGUCCUAUGCUAAAUUAUCCGGGCACGUGUCUAAAGGUAACUAAAAAAAAUAACAUUAACAACAAUACAUUCCAUAGAUAUUUACAUUAUAUAUUAUAAUACAGAUACCUAUGUGUGAUCUUGGCUAUAAAUUUUAUUUUGUUAAAAUUUGCAUGGUGAAUUAUUAUUCCUAGUAUUUGUAUAUAGGUUCUACUACUAGUACACUAAUGAAUUAGUGUUUUAUUGUUUUAAACAUACUAAUUCGUUUUUAAAAUCAUUUACAAAUUGCUGACCUUGAAAAGUAUGAUUAAAAGUUCCAUUAUUGUGGGUACCUAUAUUUUCUUAUAUACACAAAAGCAUAAUAUUACAUAAUUUUAGUAUACAAGGAGAACAUGAUUAAAACUGUCAGUGAAACCUAAUUUUUAAAAUCGUAAUUUAUAUUUUUGACCAAGAUGUUAAUACAUAUCUUGCAUCUGAGAAGACGGCGAAUAUUAAUUGGCUUAAACAUUUUGUGAAGUAACUUAUUACAUUAAUAGUCAAUUGAAUUGUUCUGUUUAAUGUUUUGUUCAUAUACCUUGUAAACUAUCUUUCAAAAUAAAAUUAAUAAUCUAUAAAUAUAAAUAUCAGAAUAUAUCUGAUCAUACUGCAAACUCUAAUUUAGGUAGCCUAUACAAGAUGUAUUGUGUACAAUAUAGGUAGUGUGUUUAAAUAUUAUGUAUUUAUCAAAAAAUCAGAAUCAUGGAUAUAUUUUAUGUUUAAUUAUGUUAUUGUUUUUAUGGAAACCAGAGUCAUAUAUUUUGAAUUAAAAUAAGUGUCUAACUUAUAAAACUUAUCCAUGUCAUAAAUAUCUUUAAAAAUCAUUGGUAUAUUAAAUAGAUUUAUUUACCAAGUAUUUAUUUAUUUUAUACAUUUACAUUAUAGGUACAUAUUAUAUGGAUAUACUAAGUGUACAUUAUUUCACUGUAGGUAGGUAAUUAACUUGAUCAUUUUUUUUUCGGGGGGGGAGGGACUUAUUUUUUAAAUUGUUACAUUGAUUAAAUUUCAAAACUAACUGGUAUAUUAUUAUAGGUUUCAAGGAAAGAUGGUUCAGACUUAAGUACAAUCUUUUAUUUUAUUUCAAAAUAAAUGGAUACGGGCAAGUUGAUUUACAACAAGUAAAUAAAAUAAAUAUAUUUAUUUGUAUGCGUUUUAUUACAACUUUUACUAUAGCCAUACUCUAAGGGAACUACGCAAAUUAACUUUUGUUAUAUUAUUUUCUUAGCCAGCUGGUGUUUUUGUUUUGGAGAAUUCUAUUGUAAGACUUGAGAAUAAUAUACCAGGGACAUUGUUUUCAUUUUCUCUUUCGUUUAAAGAUGACCCUGAUAAAAAGUACAUAAUAUCAAGUCAGUCUGAAGAACAUGUUCAUCAGUGGAUUAAAAGUAUUCAAUGUUCAACGUAAGUUCCUUGUUAGUUUGAGAUAUUUUAUGUAAUACAAAUACUUGUGUAGGUAAUAUAUUAAUAAUAGUAUAAGUGUAUAAAUUAAUUUUAUAUAUUUGUAAAAAUAUAAUAGGCAGAUAUCGUUAGAAAUAAAAUGCUUGUAGGUAAUGUGUGUAAUGGUUUGAGGUUUACCCAUUUAGUUUGAAAAAUAAUGAAAAUUUCAAAAUAUGAUGAUUCAUGCUUAAUACAAGUGAAUUGUCUAAGUGAUUUUGUUGUUAGAAUUUAUUAUAAUUUUAUUUUUUAAUUUCUAAUAAUACUAGUAUUUCCCUAACUAAUAAAUACAUAAUGUAUAUUUUGUUUAAGAUAUGAAUACAUGCGAUCUCAACUGUCAUUAAUACAGAACAGAAUCUUGAAGUUAAGUGGAAGAGUAUGUAUUAUAUUUUGGUUAUUCAUUUUAAGUUGUGUAUCAAUAUAAAUUGAUUUUAAAACAGGUAGAAUUGUAUUUGUUAAUUUAUAUUAAAUUGUGUUUUAUCGCACAGGAUCCACUAUUAAUGUAUCCAGAAGAAGGGAAAAAAAUUGGUCGAAUGCAAAAUAUGGUUGAAGAAAAAGACUGCGAUUUUUAUUACACGACGAAGACUAUGGUACCCCUUCCUCCUCCUAGACACAAGCUACAGGACACAGGGAAAAUGAGUAAUUUUAAUUUAAUCGAAUUGUAAGAAUAUUCAUAAAGGUUGUUUGAUAUUGUGCACUCUGAACAUCUGUUAUAUGAUGUGUGUUUAUUGCUAUAAAGUUGCAAUUUUUUGUUUUUGAAUUUGAUUGCAUUGUCCUACCUAAGUAUUACCUUACUGUUAUGUUAUAAUGUGGGUAAGUGUUUAAUAUGUCAGCAUAGUUAACAUUUAAAACUGAAAUUUACACAUUUGGAUAUGUUGUCAUAAAUAAGUAUACCUAUAUUAAACCUGUGUAACACAACAUGGUUGUCAUUUUAUAAUAUGCGUAUAAGUGCAUACUCUUUAGAUUUAUAAG